AUGAACAAAAUCCAUGAAGUACCCCAUAAAAUUAACCUAAGAAACAUUCUUUAUUUUGAAGCUGGAAUUGGGCUCUCAGGCAACAUCAUCCUUCUUCUCUUCCAGGUCCUCAAGUUUAUUCGUGGACAGAGGCUCAGACUCACUGAUCCACCCAUCAGUCUCUUGGCCCUAAUCCACUUACUGAUGAUGCUAGUCAUGAGUUUAGUAGCUUCAGACAUUUUUAUGCCAGGGAAGAGAUGGAGUGUCUCCACAUGCAAAUUUGUAAUGUUCUUGUACAGGUCUUUUAGGAGCCUCUCUCUUUGUGCCACUAGCUUGCUCAGCAUCCUCCAGGCCAUCACCCUUAGUUCCAGAAGUUCCUGUCUAGCAAAGUUCAAAUGUAAAUCUCCACACCACAUGCUAGGUUGCCUUCUUUUCCUGAGUAUCUUUUAUUCAUCCUUUAGCAGUCCCCUUAAAGCAUACAUAACUGUGACGCCUAAUCUGACCUCACCUGGUUUUACAUACCUCACUCAGUCUUGCUGUCUUGCACCCAUGCGUUACUAUGUCUGGCAAACUUUUUAUACACUAUUAGCUCUCAGAGAUGUCAUCUUCGUAGCUCUCCUGACCAUCUCUAGCGCAUACAUGGUGACUUUCCUAUACAGACAUAAGAAACAGUCCCAGUUUCUCCACAGCACCAACCGUUCCCCUAUAUCAUCCCCAGAACACAGAGCCACACGGACCAUCCUGUGCCUCAUGAGCUUCUUUGUGGUGAUGUACACCUCGGACAGCGUCAUCACCUACUUCAGAUAUUCAAGUAGUGAUCUUAUAUUGUAUUUUGUUGUGAUUCUUGUAGGUCAUAGCUAUGCCACAGUCAGUCCUUUUUUGGUCCUCAGCACUGAAAAACAUGUAAUUCACAUUUUGAAAUGUUAUGGGAGGACAGUAGACAUAUGA